AUGAGGAUCCAGUCUGUCUGUCUGCUGCUGGUGCUGGUCUCUGCCGCUGCACUAUCUCGGGAUGUAGAAAAGAAAGAGAGCAUCAAAGAGCGAUAUGACAAGUUCAUAAACCAGCAUAUCAAUGAGAAUAUGAGUGACAAAAGGUGUGAUGCUGAGAUACGAAAGAGGAAAAUUUCCUUUGACAAUAAAAUGUGCAAGCCGAAAAACACCUUCAUCCGAGCUAGCAAUGUAACAGUCAAAUCUGUCUGCAUGGGUGAAGGAGAGCCAUAUAAUGGCCAGACCAGAAGCACUGAACAUUUUGAUAUUGUUGUCUGUGAACUGAAAAAAAAUAAAGGCAAGUACCCAAAUUGUCAUUACAAUGGUAAAACCUUGAACCGGAGAAUCAUCAUCAAAUGUGAAAUCUUUCCUGUACACUAUGAGGGAGACAUUGAUUAUUUUGAGAACUGA